AUGCAACACUCUCAUGAUGCCAGUCAAGAUGGAGCACACGCGCUAGCUGAAUCUAAUCAAACGACGAAUGCUUCUUGGGAAGGACAACAGUCAUCCAGCGCCCCUCCGAACUCGUCCGCAAAUUCGACCCCAGUGGCGAUGGAACUUGAAGCCACCGAGAAAGUCUCGAAGAAAAUCGAACACAUGACCGCUCAACUCGACCGAAUCCUGACAAACAUAAAAGAUGUCGACACGCAGCUUUCCCGACUCGCAAAAUCGAUUGAGUUUGGCUUUGGAAUGGGGGGAAACACCGCCCCAUUGGAAGGAAUCACCGCCCCGUUGGAAGGAAUCACAACCCGCUUGGAAGGCAUUAAUAUCAACGAAGAGGCGCUUGGAAUCAGCAACCAGUCCGCGAACCAGGUUGGACAACAUGCUAACCAAGUUGAUCAAGGAAACCAGUGA